GAACAGUUGACAGUGAGACCGGGCUAAGUUUUCACCACAGAUAGUUUCCCCCCGACACUUUCACGGAAAAGUAUCCUCACAUCUGACAGCAACCAGAGCUCCACAGCCUCAGCAGAACUCUUUUUGAAGAUGAACUCCAAUGUGGAGAAUUUGCCCCCUCAUGUUCUUCGCUUGGUAUACAAAGAGGUUUCAGCUUUAGCAGCAGACCCGCCUGAGGGUAUCAAGAUUUAUCCUAGUGAUGAAGAUAUAACUGAACUGCACACAGCCAUUGAAGGACCGGAGGGAACUCCAUUUGCUGGUGGCAUUUUCCGAAUGCGUCUGGUCCUCGGGAAGGACUUCCCUGCUGUUCCACCCAAGGGGUAUUUCCUGACCAAGAUUUUUCACCCCAACGUGGGUCACAAAGGAGAGAUCUGUGUCAACGUGCUGAAGAGGGACUGGAAGGCAGAACUCGGCCUCAGACAUGUCUUACUUACAAUAAAGUGUCUUCUCAUCCAUCCGAACCCGGAGUCAGCUCUGAACGAAGAGGCUGGACGCUUGCUCCUAGAGGACUAUGCAGAAUAUGAGUCCCGUGCUCGUCUGCUCACAGAGAUCCACGCCAUGGGUGGGCCUGGCGGGACCUCUGGGGCACCUCAGGACCCUAAUGAUGGCCCACAGCCGAAGAAGCACGCAGGUGACCCUAUGAAGCGAGCGGGACCCAGUGCGGCAGCAGUGCCAGCAGCUCUGGGUAAUGGAGCUAAUGGAGCCAGUACCACCACCAGCAAUAGCAACAGUAGCAGUAGCACUAAUAAUGUAGCAGGGAAAAAGAAAGCAGAUAAAAAGCGGGCAUUGAGGCGACUUUAAUACCUCCAGAAAAAUUCUGUGUGUGUGUGUGUGUGUGUGUGUGUGCGUGCGAGAGUGUGUAAAUAUAAAUAUUGAAGUGUGCUGACAAUGUUUUUUGUUCCCUUUUUUUCUGACUCUUUCUACCACCGAUCCAGACUGUCCACUUUGUACUCGUACCUUACCCUUUGCUUUGCCACCAGUCUGUCUCAUCCUGUUGGUGUCACAGGUUUGUUAAUUAUUUCCAUACCCAAAGACACGACGAAAGAUACUUGUUCCUCUUUUAAAAGAAAGAAGACUCCUUCACUCGAAAAUCAUAUCAUGGAUUGAAUUUCGUCAUCGGUUGUAUUUUUUUUCCCAUGGCCUAUUCUGAAUGAAUGACACCUGAAAUGGUCUUCACUGUGCUAAACAUGGCCUCUAAUGUCUGUCCAUUAGUGAGACAUUAUUACUCUUGUCCUAGAUCAGCUGUAAACAUGAUGUCGGCUCUUUUUAAACUGUCUCCUGCUAAACGCUGCUGUGAUGGUACUGUGUACUGCUCAGCCAUGCUCACCCUGAGCCGAAACCAGGAUAUAACUUAAAGUACAGUCAGGUUUUUUUCAAAUUGAGCUGAGAGGAAAUAAUGGUAGAGUUUUCUACAUAAUUAUGCAAGAAAUCAUUGGGAGAGAAAUAUUGUUAACUUCACAUAAAAUGGUAUAAAAUCUUUUGAAAUUGUUUUUUGUUUUGUGAUCUGAAUGAAGUGAAGGUAUGGAAAGAGUUAGUGGAGUUCAGAAAGUCUGUCAUUGAUCUUCAUAAAAUCUUUAUCCCUUUUCAAGUUUUUUUUUUUUUUUUUAUUUUUCUAAAAUUGUUUCACAGUCCAGUAUUUUCAAAAGUUGUUUAUAAUUGACAUGUUCAUAUUCAGCUGUCUUGUGGUUGUGUGUGAAGAUCUAGAUAAGUGGCUGUAAGGGAAUAGGGUAGGCUGCAAUGCUACGUUUAUAGAAAAUCAAUCCUCUUUUAUCUGUAUUAAACAUACAGUGGUGUGACUCGCUUAUACUACCCCUGCUCCCCUACAAAGCAGUACGUGCUCUCAAAUACCCAGCUCUCCAACCAGCCAUGUGGGUGCCAGAGAACACACCUGUAGGAAAACCUCCACAUUUGAUAGAAAUUGUCUCCUCACUUGUUGCACUGGCAGGAUUUCUACAGGCAGGUUUUCUCUCUGUGCUAAACACGUGCGGGGCCUACAUUUCCCAAGGAAACACACUGAAGCUCUGUCUUAGUUGGAAUGGAAAAGGUGCCUCUGAAACUCCUGUCACCGUGCAAACUGUUAGGUGGAUAUUUUUGUGUCCAUUUUAAAUUAUUUAAGUUAAUAAAACAUUGAAAUACGAGAAGUGAAAUGAAAAA